AUGCGUAAUGAACUGGGCAGGUUUGGGAUGACACGGCGUGAGAAGCAGCCAUUGUGGCUGACAGCUGGGGACCAUACCCUGAAUGCCAGCAAUGACCAUACUCUGAAUGCCAGCGAUGACCAUACCCUGAAUGCCAGCGAUGACCAUACCCUGAAUGCCAGCAAUGACCAUACCCUGAAUGCCAGCAAUGACCAUACACUGAAUGCUAGUGAUGGCCAUACCCUGAAUGCCAGCGAUGACCAUACACUGAAUGCCAGCGAUGACCAUACCCUGAAUGCCAGCAAUGACCAUACACUGAAUGCUAGUGAUGGCCAUACCCUGAAUGCCAGCGAUGACCAUACACUGAAUGCCAGCGAUGACCAUACACUGAAUGCCAGCGAUGGCCAUACUCUGAAUGCCAGCGAUGACCAUACACUGAAUGCCAGCGAUGACCAUAUCCUGAAUGCCAGUGAUGGCCAUACUCUAAAUGCCAGUGAUGGCCAAAUCUUGAAUGCCAGUGAUGACCAUAUCCUGAAUGCCAGUGAUGGCCAUACCCUGAAUGCCAGUGAUGACCAUAUCCUGAAUGCCAGUGAUGGCCAUACCCUGAAUGCCAGUGAUGACCAUAUCCUGAAUGCCAGCGAUGACCAUACACUGAAUGCCAACGAUGACCAUACUCUGAAUGCCAGUGAUGACCAUACUCUGAAUGCCAGCGAUGACCAUACACUGAAUGUCAGCGAUGACCAUACACUGAAUGCCAGUGAUGACCAUACCCUGAACGUCAGUGAUGACCAUAUCCUGAAUGCCAGCGAUAACCAUACACUGAAUGCCAAUGAUGGCCAUACUCUGAAUGCCAGCGAUGACCAUACACUGAAUGCCAAUGAUGGCCAUACUCUGAAUGCCAGUGAUGACCAUACCCUGAAUGCCAGCGAAGGCCAUACUCUGAAUGCCAGCGAUGACCAUACACUGAAUGCCAGCGAUAACCAUACACUGAAUGCCAAUGAUGGCCAUACUCUGAAUGCCAGUGAUGACCAUACUCUGAAUGCCAGCGAUGACCAUACCCUGAAUGCCAGUGAUGACCAUACACUGAAUGCCAGCGAUGACCAUACUCUGAAUGCCAGCGAUGGCCAUACCCUGAAUGCCAGCAAUGGCCAUACUCUGAAUGCCAGUGAUGGCCAUACCCUGAAUGCCAGUGAUGGCCUGCUGCCUCUCACCUUGAAUGACCAGGCAGCAGAUUCCCAUUGA